CCAAUGGCAUUACUCAUCCAUUGCCAGGAAAUGGAGCUGCUUGACAAAGAUUACCGUGUAAAGAUACGGUCUAGGUUACUCUCUGCGGCCUCCGACUCAUCACCUUUGGAGAAUAUUGUUCAGCUCACUUCUGCUGUUGUCAUCAUCUUCGAACACUCUUUCUACAUUUUCGACAAGCGGCGCUAUCUUCAGGACAAGGAGUCUGAUCCCUUAUUUCAUGUCGCUCUCGAGCAGUACAUGGCAUCUCCGCACGCAGCUGCUGUCAGGAAAGCUGUGAGUGCUGCCGUCCAGGCAUAUGAAGAAGCUGUGGCUACUGCCACCUGCGCAUAUGAAGAAGCUGUGAGGACUGCUGUCUAUUCAUAUCAAGGAAAGCUGCCUUGGAUGGCGAAGUUACCGUUUGAACCCUUCAAGAGGAAGGCAAAAGCUUUCGAAAGCUCUCAGGCACAGGCAAAAGAAGAUUUCGAACGCUCUCAGGCAAAGGAAAAAGAAUCUUCGUGCUCUCGGGCUAAGGCAGAGUUAAUCAAGGCUGUUCUUGAAAUCGCUCUAGGUCAUCGCUUGCCUAGACCUUGAUGAUGCAACACACACCAUCAUGAUCAAUCAUAGUCCGAUUCGGAGAGGAGCGGAGGUGUCUGGGCUGUGAAGGUUGCUUGAAAUUUUUGUCGAGGUAGAUUCACGAUGUGGAACUGUUGUAUGAUUGUGUAACAUGGCGCUUUGUGUGGUAAUACUGUUCUAGACGAUGUCAGUUACCCUCAGUCGAGACAGUGGCGACAACCAAUUGCACUUGAUGUGCUUCUCAAGUAUCCGUGGUACGAUCGGAAUCUGUUGAUUCCCACUUCAUCUCGUGCCACAACAAUUAAUCUGUAGUUUCAUGCAGUGUAUGGUCCUCUUGAUCAGGCCUGUCAAUCUUUGCGUCACGCUGCCCGUGUGCGCUUAUUAAGUUGUUG